CCGAUCUCAGUCCAAAUCCUCUGUCGAUUGGGGAGGAGAAGCCAACCUAAAACCGAACCUGAUUCAUUUCCUUCAGAAAUUAAAAGCGUGAAUAAAAGAAAAAAAAGUCCGUCAAAUCUGCUGUUUUGUUUGCCCCAUUCUCCAAUUCUGUGGUUGCAUGAUUAUUUCACAAUUUUCGAAGCCGUUGUUACUCUAUCAUUUGUUCUCGAUCUGUAAUUAAACAUUCAUUUCUUCCUUCAAACAAAUUCUGCUUUUUGGGUAGACCCUUUAGUUUUUAGUUGUUGGCAGUAGAUUUGUUUAUUUUCGGAGGGAUUAAAUUGCUAUUUUAUUUGAUGAUGAUCUGAGGAUUUGGAAGGAAAAAUGGCGGGGGCAGCAGGUGGGGUAAAUAUGGAACAGUUUGAGGCGUAUUUUCGGAGGGCGGAUAUGAAUCAGGAUGGCAAGAUCAGUGGUGCAGAAGCUGUUGCUUUCUUACAGGGAUCCAAUCUGCCCAAACAAGUCCUCGCUCAGAUAUGGGUGCAUACUGACCAGAGCCACACUGGCUAUCUCAGCCGUCCUGAGUUUUAUAAUUUCCUUAAACUUGUAACAGUGGCUCAGAGUAAGCGAGAAUUAACCCCAGAUAUUGUGAAGGCAGCAUUAUACAGUCCUGCUUCAGGCAAAAUCCCUGCCCCAAAGAUAAAUCUAGCACCCAUACCUACACCACAGUCGAAUUCAGUCGGUGCUGCACCACCACUACAGAUAGGUGCUGCUGCACCAGCAUCUUCUAAUAAUCUUGGCUUCAGAGGAUUGACUCCUUCAAGUUCCAGUAUAAACCAGCAGUUUGGACAGGCACCUUCAAGUUCAGGCAUGAACCAGCAAUUCGGACCGGCACCUUCAAGUUCGGGCAUGAACCAGCAAUUCAGACAGGUACCACCAAGUACAAAUAUGAACCAGCAGUUGGGACAGCCAGUUUCAAGUACAAGUAUGAACCAGCAGUAUUUCUCUUCUCAAGGUAACCAACAAACCAGACCACUACCCAUACCUGCUGCCACUGCAUCACGACCAUCUCCAGGUCCCAGUGGUCUGAAUUUCCCCAGGGGAGGUGAUAUGGUCGGGCCUGGUCUUCCAAACUCGAACAACGAUUGGAUUGGUGGAAGAACUAGUGUUGCUCAUCCUACUGGACCAACACCAGUCUCAAACAGAGGAGCUAGUCCAUCAAUUCCUCUAGUUGCCCCAAAAUUGCUAGAUCCACUUUCAACAGUGUCCUCAACUGCUGCUAAGGAUCCUAAAGCAUUGGUCAGUUCUGGAAAUGGGUUUGCUUCAGAAUCAAUGUUUGGAGGGGAUGUGUUCUCUACCACUCAAUCUGCAUCUCUUCAGGCUUCAUCUGCAUCAACACGACCUGCCAGUGGCAUACCUACCUCCUCAGCCAUUGUUCCAGUGUCAACUGGACCGCAGCCUUCAGCUAAGCCCGAUCCAUUUGAAGCUUUUCAGAGCACUCUAGUGAAACCAUCUACUAUGGUCCAGACUCAGCAGACCUCAUCUCUGCCAAAAUCUAAUAAACAGGUUUCCACUCAAGUUACUUCUUUUGGCUCAUCAUCUGGAGCGACAGCUGGUGGUGGGAAUUCUGCUUCAGAGCAGUCUCAGAUUUCAUGGCCUAAAAUGACACGUGCGAGCGUUCAAAAAUAUGCAAAAGUUUUUAUAGAAGUAGACACUGACAGAGAUGGGAAGAUCAGUGGUGAGCAGGCACACAGUCUAUUCUUGAGUUGGAGACUACCAAUAGAGGUUUUAAAGCAAGUUUGGGACUUAUCAGAUCAAGACAGUGAUGGCAUGCUUUCUUUGAGGGAGUUCUGCAUUGCACUAUAUUUAAUGGAGCGUUACAGGGAAGGACGGCCACUUCCAUCGGCACUUCCUAGUAGUGUCAUGCUCGAUGAAACUCUGUUGUCUUUGGCAGGUCCACCCACUGCUUCUUAUGGAAGAACGGGCUGGGGGACCACUACUGGCAUAAGACCACAGCAACUCCCACAUGCAUCUGCUAGUUUAAGGCUUCCGACACAGACAGUUUAUUCUCAGCCUGAUGGAUCGAUGCAGUUUGAUGAACAAAAUGCUAGAGUCCCUAUAAUGGAUAAUUCCUAUACGAGUGAACUCAGUAAUGGCGAGGAGAAUUCUUUGGACGAUAAAGUUCAAGAGGCAGAAGAAAAGGUUGAAAAUAAGGAGAAAGUGCUUCUGGAUUCCAGAGAAAAGAUUGAAUUCUAUCGGACAAAAAUGCAAGACCUUGUUUUGUACAAAAGUAGAUGUGAUAAUCGUCUUAAUGAAAUUACAGAAAGGGCUUUAGCUGAUAAGCGUGAGGCCGAGUUACUUGCCAAGAAAUAUGAAGAGAAAUACAAGCAAGUUGCGGAAAUUGCUUCUAAACUAACUAUUGAAGAGGCUUCAUUUCGUGAAAUUCAGGAGAGGAAAAUGGAGUUGCAGCAAGCAAUCAUUAAAAUGGAACAAGGUGGUAGUGCAGACGGUAUUCUUCAGGUUCGAGCUGAUCGUAUUCAAUCGGAUCUUGAGGAGCUGUUGAAGGCUAUGGCUGAGCGUUGCAAGAAACAUGACUUACGGAUAAAAUCUACAGCAUUGAUUGAGCUUCCCCCAGGUUGGCAACCUGGGAUCCCGGAGUUUGUGUCAAUCUGGGAUGAAGACUGGGACAAGUUUGAAGAUGAAGGAUUUUCAUUUGAUGUUGCUGUUCCUGCAAAUGCCAAGCCAACAGCUGUUCGUGAAGAGAAUUCUUCUCCAACUCAUAACUUUUCGCCUGAUUCUACAUCUGAAAAACCCUUCAGUAAAGGUGUAAGUGCUUUCGAGACAGAAUCGUCUUAUGCAUACAGUGAAGAUGAAUCAAAGAGUGCACAAGGAAGUCCAGCAAGACAAACAACAUUUGAAAGUCCAUCUCCCAAAUAUUCAGAAAACCAUUUCAGGAAGAGCUCUGAUGGAGAUGCUGAAACCCAUAGAAGCUUUGAUGAACCUGCAUGGGGUACAUUUGACAAUAAUGAUGACAUUGAUUCAGUUUGGGGCUUCGAUGCUAAGGACUCAGAUCAUGGGAAGCACGAAGAGAAGUAUUUCUUUGGGUCGAGUGAUUUUGGUGCAAGUCCAGAAAGAACUGAUGCCCCCCAGAAGAAUAGCCCUUUUACUUUUGAGAACUCUGUUCCUGGGUCCCCACUUUCCAGGGCCGGGAAUUCUCCAAGAUACAGUGUUGAAUCUAGAGAUCCCUUUUUUGACAGUUCUUCAAGGUAUGACUCCUUCCAUACGCAGGAUCACAUUUCAUCUCCCCGUCAGGAGUCUCUCACUAGGUUCGACUCCAUGAAUAGCACAAGGGAUUUUGGUCAUAGUGGUGGCUUUUCAUUUGAUGACUCUGACCCAUUUGGUUCUAGCGGUCCCUUUAAAGUCUCUUCAGAAAGUCAAACUUCAAAAAAAGGUUCUGAAAGUUGGUGAUCUUUCUAACUGGUGGAUUUAUACUCAUAUUUGACAGUAUAGAUUUUGUUAGUGUCUGUUCAUUCACUGUAUAGCCUGGAUAAACGGCCAGAGGAAAAUAAUGGUGUUCUGCGCUCCGCUGUAUAUCCAUCUCAUGGUAUCAUUACAUGCCACCAAGACGAGGCCUUCACAUGCAGGUUUCUUGUCUUUCGGGGUUCUGAGAUUCGAGCCUCUUACAUUUGAGUGGAAAGAAUUUUUCGUGUAUUCAUUCACUUUUGUGCUCUUCUAUGGGUUGGACUGGAUUAUUCUCAGAUGUAUUGUAGUGAGUGCGCGAACUUUCAAUUCAUAUUUCUUUGUAAUAUCUUCUUGAUUGUAUUGUAUCAUGCAGUGGUCAAUUUUGAUUUC